ACCCGUCUCUGCUUCUAGUACCUUUGUGGGCGGGAACAACAAAACUGCUUGUUGAAGUAACCAAUGUUAUUUAAACAGAAAAUCUCCCGCAUUUGCUGUCUAUUUGAGUGAUUGCAACGAGAGCAGUGACACGAAGGCGGGAAUUAUAUGAUGGGUGUUAUACUGUGAAGUUUAGUUGUGGCGCGCUGUUUGAAAAACGUUACAAAAAGAAAAAAGGGAUACAUAAGGGAUACAUUUUCAUUGAUCUUAUGAAAAUAAAACCGUCACAGAAUUAGACAACACGGACACAGUGGUACAGUUUGAUAGGGAAAAUGGUGACUUCGGGUAUUGGUACUCCAAGGAAAAGGAAACAUAGUUCUGAAGGCCCUCUUUCUGAAAAGCUCCUUAAAGACUUCGGUUCUCCACUGAGAAGGAAAUCUCCAAGGUUACCAAGCUCUCCUCUUGAAAGAACAGCCUUAAAAUCCAUUGAUCAUGAAAAUGAAAAUUGCUCAUCCCCUCUCAAAUCGCUCUCUCCAAUAAAACAAGUAAAGUCUUCUCACCAGUCUGCCGUGGCACCAGCAGGGCUUUCCCAGUUCAACUGGUCUCCAAAGCCUCCUUCCGCCUUCAAACCGUCUGUGAAAACUGGAUCUUUCUAUGGCAAGGGGAAAGUGCUGUAUCUCACACCCCUGGAGAGAAAAGCUGUGAAUGAUGGCAAACCUACAAUAAUCAAUGAAAGAAAGAGGGGUCAUGUCACCCUGCCUAAAACUUCACCAAAGACAAACUUGGGGGUCUCCCGUUCUUCCAGAACCCGCAUUACGGAUUACUUGAAACCAAAACCAGCCACUGAGACAUCAAGUCAGUCGAUACCGAGUGACCCCAGGGAACGGGGACUAAAGACAUUUUCCUCAUUGCGCUUCAGUCGUCUGAUGGCUAAACACAAGCCCAAACUCCUGGUUGGUGCUGCAUUCUUUGCUACCGGCACAAAAGGUUGCUCCAUAUAUAAAAAACAGACACAAAAAAAAAGCAAGCCAGCCCCAUACAAACCCAAAACUAGACCAACUGAAAUUGAUGAAAAAAAGCAAGACUCGGACCAACCCAUCAGAAACGUGGACAUGGUCGUACUAAAACAUCUGCUGCAGGACCAUCCCAUCACCAAGCAAGUGAAGGUUGUUCUGAGGAGAAUCAGUGGACUGCAGGCCAACUCGGGUUCACCUGAAACAAAGACAGACCAACAUCUGCUGCAGAACCAUCCCAUCACCAAGCAAGUGAAGGUUGUUCUGAGGAGAAUCGGUGGACUGCAGGCCAACUCGGGUUCACCUGAAACAAAGACAGACCAACAUCUGCUGCAGAACCAUCCCAUCACCAAGCAAGUGAAGGUUGUUCUGAGGAGAAUCGGUGGACUGCAGGCCAACUCGGGUUCACCUGAAACAAAGACAGACCAACAUCUGCUGCAGAACCAUCCCAUCACCAAGCAAGUGAAGGUUGUUCUGAGGAGAAUCGGUGGACUGCAGGCCAACUCGGGGAACUCAAUGGGUGAACUGAGCAAGGUGGAGGACUGCAGCACAGCAGAGAUAGGAUCGGACACAGUGUUUGACUUCAGUAACACAUCUUUACAUCUCAAACAGGCUAGGGAAACAUCUCCACCGGCUGAAUCAGACUAUCCUAUCUUCAGUACUCCCAGCUCUACAAUGAAAGGGCACUGUCCUGCAAGAGCUGAACUGGCGUCUCCUGUGGUGUGCCGGAGCCCUUUGUUGCCUGUAGCUGCUCUACCCAAACCAGCUAAGCUGCAGAGGAACAUCAAGAGAAAUAAAGUUUCUGACAAGCAAGCCACCGAUCAACUCAUCAUUGAUGCUGGCCAGAAGCAUUUUGGUGCCAUUGUGUGCAAAUCCUGUGGCAUGAUCUAUACAGCAGGCAGCACUGAGGACGAAUUUCAGCACACGCAGUACCAUCAGAGCCUCCUGGAUAAAAUUAAGUUUGUGGAGUGGAAGAAAGAGCGGGUAGUUGCUGAAUACUGGGAUGGAAAGAUAAUACUUGUGCUCCCAGAUGAUCCAAAAUAUGCAGUUAAAAAGGCUGAUGAAGUACGUCAACUUGCUGACAACGAACUGGGAUUUAAACAAGUCUCGCUGAGCUGUCCCAGCAGGAGUAAAACAUACCUGUUUGUGAACAGUGAGAAGAAGAUUGUUGGGUGUCUUGUAGCAGAACAGAUCAAACUGGCAUUCCGAGUGUUGGAUGAGCCGGUUGAACAGGAGGAGUUGAAAAAGCAUGAACUGCUGGAGCAUCACAGAGCUUGGUGUUGCUCCACAAAGCCAGAAAAUGCCAUCUGUGGAAUCAGCAGGAUCUGGGUGUUCAGUCUGAUGCGGAGAAAGGGCAUUGGCAGGCGCAUGGUGGACGCAGUCAGAAACACGUUUAUGUACGGAUGCCACCUAACUAAAGAGGAAAUUGCUUUUACCGAUCCAACUCCAGAUGGCAAGCUGUUUGCCAGCAACUACUGUGAAACCCCAGCUUUUUUGGUGUAUAACUUCAUUAGUUAAACACAUGCUUUUUGUAUUAAUAGUGUUUUAUGCAGUGAAAUGUUGUGGCUUUUGUUUUGUGCAGCAGGUACCAUGUAACUUUAAACAAUAAUGAGAAAUUAGUUUUGGUGACUUCACAAGCUAAAAACAUCUGCUUCUAAAUAAAAUAUGUUCAAGAUUUAAUACACUAAUAUUUAAAUGUUCUUUUUUGUGUGUUAACAGUAUGUAAUUUUGUAAAUAGUUUAAAAAAGUUACUUAUGUUAUUUGAAGAGUGAAUUACAGAUGAUAUUCACUUUGAUAGGUCAGUGACUUGGCUGUAAAAAGGUGUCCCUUGUAUGAAAAUUGUAGGUCAUUGUAUUACUCUU